AUGAGGAUGGGCUGGCCCUUUGCCAUCGACCAGCCCCUCAAUAUCGCAUACAUGGCGCGUACUAUAGACGCUGGCUUCGAGUUCACAAAGAUGCGCGUUGAUCGCUGCCCUCUAAACACGGGGAACACGGAGGAUACAACAUGCGAUAUGAGUGGUUGGGAACGCGAAGUGCAAGCCAUCCUUGAUGCAGCGUUCACGGAGACUGGGCAAAGGAAGCGUGAGAAUGCUGUAAGAAUUGGCGAGAAUCUUGGCCGAGCAUGGGCGGAGAAGGAUGGCAGAGCCAGGGUACAGCUUAAUGAGUUCUUGGAUUUGGUGAACGUGUAA